AUGCUAUUGCUUAUAUUCUUGUAUUUUGGAUCAACUGAUUGUCGAGAUUGUGUUGAUAGCGAAAAGGGUAUUUGUGAAACAAAUAAUUUGUUCGGUUGGUGUUUUCAUGAUAAAAUUUCGGGUUUAUUUGACUGUGAUAAGUCAAAAUAUUGCUCAAAUCAGGAAUCACUUCGUGGAAGACUUAAUUCAACCGGAUGUUUCGAUCGUGGCGAUGAUAAUAUUAAAUGUUGCUGCAAUGAAGCGGAUAUGUGCAAUUAUAAUUUCUUAAAUGUCAAACCAAUAAUGUCAAUUGGCUUUCAAAGUUGUGUUUAUAACUAUCAGUACGAUAAAUCAAUUGCACAUUUCAAGAAUUGUUUCGAUCCAUGGUGUUUUGCUUACUUCAAAUAUAAUAGCGACGGGAGUGAAGCAAUUUUACGAGGUUGUCAAUCACGAGCUUUGAAACGUCUCAAAAUUGAUCGACAAACACCAGUUCGUAUAGCAAAUCGUGUCUACUUUGAUGAUAUGGAUGAUUUAUUGGAGCAACCAAGAUGUGAUCAAUUUGUUGAUAAGACUUAUAUUAUCAAUGAUACCACAAUAGCUUGUUUGGAUCUUUAUUCAAAGCAAUACAAUGAGCGAAAAAUUGGAAAAUUAUGUUGUUGUCGUGGGAAUGAUGCAUGCAAUGAUAAAAUUGGUGAUAAUAAGAUAAUAAGCAAAACAAUUGAUAAUUUGAAAUUUGUUGUUGAGAAAAUGUCAUCCAAAGCAAAUUGCAUUUAUAAUAUUUGUUCAUCAUUAAUCAUAUUUAUUUUACUUUUUGCUUUUUGCUUUUUUUUUGUCAAUUUAUCAAACUUUGCAAAAUUGUAUGCCUAA